AUGAACGCCGAAGAAAGAAAGUCAGACUUCACUGCGCUGAAGAACACUUUUGCAGCGGAUCUCAGCACCGACUUUGAUCCCAGCAUCAACACGAGUCCCCAAGCUUACUUCAAUGGUCUGGCCGAUGAGUACAUUGGCAAGGAGCAAGACUCGUUGGAUCCCAAUUCUGCUCUCUUCAAAUUCAUCUCCAAGCUCAAUGAUGAGCAGAAGAUGUGGUGGGGUAGUCUAGGCAAAGCACGCAACGCUUUCUUUUCUACGCAACAGAGGGUGGAAACACCGGAAGGGGCUCGCGACCAGAAUGUGAAUCCCAAUCAUGCCGCGUUGCCACGACAGCCCGUGCCACAACAGCCCAGCAUGCUGCCGGGCAUGGCGACGGGGCUCCAAGAUCGUGGCCACCAAGGGCAAGGUAUCCCGAACUUGAGGAUGCCAGGACAGUUCGCCACGGAGCUCCAGGGCGUGGGCCUCGAGGGUGCCGGGCGCCCCCCUCGGCACAACAACGCGAAUCGCGCCGUUGAUCACGCGACCGAGCAAAUGGGCGGUGGUGGCGGUGGUGUCUCCAAUGGCGGUGCAGCGGCACCGGGACCCGGAUCGCGUCACAGAGCACCGCCUUUGCACAAUUGUGGUUCUGUACAUCGUUCUUGGGGACAGGCAAACCCUUUGCGCCACCACCAGCUACAACCACAUUUCCAAGCAGCGCCCUCUCCAUCGGUAGUUGCCAUGCAAGAAAUCAGUGCCAUGCAGAAUCGCGAAGUCGAUGCCCUAGGGGAACAAGCCAAUGCCCUAGGGGAACUAGCCAAGGUCGUACAGGCCCUAGGCCAGAACAUCGAGAACAUUUACCAGAACAUGUCCAAGAACACGGCCAAUGCUGUGAAGGAGAUUGUUGGCCUUUCUAGUUCUUGGGGACGAGCAAGCCCUAUGCAACACCACCAGGUACCGGUACAACCACAUUUUCAAGCAGCGCCCUCUCCCCUGGGAGAACAAGCUACUCAAAAUGUAUUGGUACUAGUAUCUGCUUUGAAAGAAAUCAAGGAAAUCACGAAGAUCGACGCGGAACUAAUUGUGGUGGAAGCCAUCAAACAAAAUGCGGCAUCCACCAACAGAGCACUCAACAGCGUGGACAAAAUUGUUGAGUAUCUUACGAAUCAAGGGAUGGUCCAACCACAAGCAACUCAAGGGACGCAGCCUCGGCAAUCUCGCACUCCACAGUUCGAUGAAUCUCGCACGGCCGCGACGGACACCAAUGGCGGUGAGUAAAGCCCUCGCCGCCAUUGCAAUGUCACGAUUGUCUCCUAACGCUGAAUGAGCUACUAGAAAAGGAGAAUCGUCGUCUCCAGGAGCAGAUUGGACGUGAAAAGACGGAUGAAUCGAAUCGGAUGGCGAAGAAUAAAAAGAAGACACGGAAACACCAUGUGGCUCCAAACGGCGAUGAAUCAGCCAGGCCACCUUUUUCCAAGUUCCAAGUACAUGUAUUCCAAGAAGAAACUCAAAAGUGUCAACAAGUUGAUCUAUGCACUCGAUCAAAGUCAUUACGUAGGGUACGGUACUGUACUGUACCCAUUCACCAAGUUCGUGACAAACAACCAUGGUGGCAGCCAAACCUGGCGGCCAUCUUUUAAAAUAAGUUUGCUGGCCAGAUA